UAUCUUGUGAGUACACCAUACUAAGCAGUUUUAGAAUCCGCGGAAGCAGCUUGGGCCCCGGAAGUAAGCAGUUUUAGAAUCCCCGCAUUCAGCUAAACAGGAAACCAUGCAAAGGAAACACAGUUAGCAGUGAAAGCAGUCUAAUCACCAUAAGUGCCAGCAAUUGCACUCGCAAUUAAAAAUUAAAUGCGUGCGCGAACAGAGCAACAAAGCCAAUGUCCAAACAAUCUUCAAGUGCAAGUUCCACGCUGCUGCUGCUCAUUUGGCUCACAUGUCUGACGAUGCACUGCACCGCGCUGGAUUGGCAGCAGGUUAAGCCGAUGUACCUGGUGUCCAUGUACCCGGGCCCCAUGGGUCUGUCCACCUCCUCGUCCUCCCCCUUCUCCUCCUCCUCUUCCUCCUCCUUGGAACUCGAUGCGGAAAUGAGCGCCAGCAACGUGGACAGUCGUCGCAUAAAGGGAAUGGGUCUUGACCUGGAUGUGGGCGGUUUUAGCGAGGAGGAUCUAGAGGAUCGGGAACCACUCGUCCUCAAUCUGGAGACCACACCGCUGCUGGAGAAGAUGCUGCCCGAUGGAGCCAUGGCCAUGGACCGCAUCUUUGGCGGCGACGUUGGCAAUCCCCACUGUUUUCCCUACCAGGUGGGAAUGCUGCUCCAAAGACCCAAGGGCCUGUACUGGUGUGGCGGCUCCCUGAUCUCCGAUAAGCAUGUCAUCACCGCCGCCCACUGCGUGGAUAUGGCUAAAAGGGCUCUGGUCUUCCUCGGAGCCAAUGAAAUCAAGAACGCCAAGGAGAAGGGACAGGUGCGACUGAUGGUGCCCAGCGAGAACUUCCAAAUCUAUCCCACCUGGAAUCCAAAGAGGUUAAAGGAUGACAUUGCCCUGGUCAGGUUGCCUCAUGCCGUCAGCUUUAAUGAUCGCAUCCAUCCCAUCCAACUGCCAAAGAGGCACUACGAGUACCGCAGUUUCAAGAACAAACUAGCCAUCGCCUCCGGAUGGGGCCGAUAUGCCACCGGAGUUCAUGCCAUCAGCAAUGUGCUGCGCUACGUCCAAUUGCAGAUAAUCGAUGGACGAACGUGCAAGUCCAACUUCCCGCUAUCCUAUCGCGGUACAAAUAUAUGCACCAGUGGCAGAAAUGCCCGCUCCACCUGCAAUGGGGAUUCGGGAGGACCCUUGGUUCUCCAAAGGCGACACUCGAAGAAGAGGGUCCUCGUGGGAAUCACCUCCUUUGGCAGCAUCUACGGCUGCGAUCGUGGCUACCCGGCGGCCUUCACCAAAGUGGCCUCAUAUUUGGAUUGGAUCAGUGAUGAGACUGGAGUCAGUUCCCAUCAGGAUACCACGGAGGCGAUAUUCUUCGAUCAGUACGUAAGGGACUAUGGAAAGCCGCGACAAAGUCGCCGGCUGGAGACAGAGGAGCAGCCGCAAGACGAUGUACCCGAUGAACUAGACGUCCAUCCCAGACCCUCCUCCGAAGAGGACAUCUCCGAGGAUGUCAGACCGCGAACACGGUCACGCCCGCACUCCGAACACGAGUUCUAUUUCUUGUAGUCCAAAA